UCAAAAUUCGAUCUUCUUUCACUGCACACAAAGCGAAGAGAGAGAGAGAGAGAGAGAGAAAAGCGAAGAAUACGCAGAUUCCAUCCAAUUUAGGGUUAGGGCUUCCCCUAAUUUGGAAACCUAGUCCUGUUUCCUGAUCUGUUUUCCGGAUCGGACGAGAGGAGAGGAGAGACGAAGUAACGAAAAUGGGCGCGAAUUCUAUUCCGACGGACGCAACCAUUGAUCUCGAUGAGCAGAUCUCGCAGCUUAUGCAGUGCAAGCCCCUCUCGGAGCAACAGGUUAGAGCGUUAUGCGAGAAAGCCAAGGAGAUCUUAAUGGAUGAAAGCAACGUUCAGCCUGUGAAAAGCCCUGUGACAAUCUGCGGUGAUAUUCAUGGACAGUUCCAUGAUCUUGCGGAGCUUUUCCGUAUAGGGGGAAUGUGCCCUGAUACCAAUUAUCUGUUUAUGGGAGACUAUGUGGACCGCGGUUAUUAUUCUGUUGAAACUGUUACGCUGUUAGUCGCCUUAAAGAUGCGAUAUCCUCAGCGAAUCACUAUUCUUAGAGGAAACCAUGAAAGUCGUCAGAUUACUCAGGUUUAUGGAUUUUAUGAUGAAUGUCUGCGAAAGUAUGGCAACGCAAAUGUUUGGAAAAUCUUUACAGACCUCUUCGACUAUUUUCCUCUGACAGCCUUGGUUGAGUCAGAAAUAUUUUGCCUUCAUGGUGGAUUAUCUCCAUCUAUCGAGACCCUUGACAACAUAAGGAAUUUUGAUCGAGUUCAAGAAGUGCCUCAUGAAGGGCCAAUGUGUGACUUAUUAUGGUCUGAUCCUGAUGACCGAUGUGGUUGGGGCAUCUCUCCUCGAGGUGCCGGAUAUACGUUUGGUCAGGAUAUAUCCGAACAAUUCAAUCACACAAACAACUUAAAGCUGAUCGCCCGAGCUCACCAGUUGGUUAUGGAUGGAUACAACUGGGCUCACGAGCAAAAGGUGGUUACUAUUUUCAGUGCACCAAACUAUUGUUAUCGUUGUGGGAACAUGGCCUCGAUUCUUGAGGUUGAUGACUGCAGGAACCACACCUUCAUUCAGUUUGAACCAGCACCGAGGAGAGGAGAACCAGAUGUCACCCGAAGGACUCCAGACUAUUUUCUGUGAUCACUGGAUACAGACUCAUCUCAAUCAGCAGCUGCAGGCACCCACAAGUGAAAAGUCACAGUUGGUAACUCGAGAUUUCUGGUUUCUAUGCAUUGUGUUCAGGUUGCUCUGUUUAAAAUUCAACUUAGUGCCACCACCGGAAUAUAGUUUGUAUUAUAGGCGAAGAAGGCUCUCUUAUCUUCCUCUAUAACCAAGAAAAGAAAAAAAGAUACCUUUAUGGACAUUUAUUUGUUGAUGUUUAGCUUUUUCUUCUCUCUUCUGCAUCAGAAUGUGUUUUCAUGUGAGAGAUCUUCUAAUUUUAUUUCACGUAAUUCGUUCUUGAACCUCUCUGAUUUUUGAAUGAAACCUUGAAAUUGUUCUGUUUAUUUGUUUUUGAAAGCUUGAUAUAAUAACUAUAGUCACUGAAUGCAUCAGAUCAGCUUCUCAAAAUGUUAACUACAAGUUAAUGUAAGAGAAUAUUGAAGAACAAGUCUGACUAUGCCUUUCUUGACUACUAUUCCGAUCAUUCAAGGCUUUGUGGUACUCAUGGCUAUUGCAUUGAGAAUCAGAUAAGCAAAGAGCAAUAUUGAGACUCAGUACAGUCCAGAAUGAGCAAAUUGAUAGACCUCUAAAUGAAGAAUAAGCUGAGCUGGUCAAUGAGAAAGCUCCUGAGUUGGUGGAUUGGAUAGAGAAGUGUUUUGAGUUGUAUAACUUAAUGUAUGAAGUCGUAAUCCAGUCUAAAUACAAAGUUGCUACAAGAAGUAGAAGGUUAAAUGUUAUUUGUAAAGGGAACACAAUCUACUAUUGUAUAACUUAAUGUAUAGAGUCGUAAUCCAGUCUAAAUACAAAGUUGCUAUAGGAAGUAGAAGGUUUAAGGUUGUUUGUAAAGGGAACACAAUCUAUUGUCUCGGUACUCUUCUUGUAAUUCUUCUUUGAUCAAUAAAGAAUUGGUGUUUUG